AUGAAGGGUAUAGUAUUGAUGCUGUGUUUGGUGGCCGGCGUUCACUCCUGGAGCUUCUGGAGGGGUUCUCCGAGGGUCGAGCCACAUGAAGAUGUUGACCAGGCGUGCCGACAGGCGGCGGCACAGGGCAACUGCGAGUUUUACCGGUGUCUGGAGCGGCGUUUCCCCUGCGGCCAUGAUGGCUACGCCACCAAAAUUGGCCUCCACUUCUGCGCCCGAGCGGACGAGCUUCAUAGCCAGUUUACGCCCCAGGGUAAAUUGUUCAUGAACGGAUCAAAAACAUGUGUGACGUCGACCCUACUUCCGGUGUACGAGAGUUAUUCCGCGCGCUGUGAUGAUAUCGAGGACGCUGGAGCAGACGCGAUGCGCACGUGCAGCUAUAAUGAAUACGCGGGCAUGAGCUCGUGCACCUUCAUCCGCUCGAACAUGGACGUGUACAACCAGAUGUUGGGCACGGACGAGGUGUCCAGGCUUAUGGGUCUUGGAAACGCCAGGCUGCUGUUCCGUAUAUUUGUGGAUGGCGCGCGUUGUGGGGCGACAGUGGCCUCCGAACGAUUCACGAGCCUAGGUGGGUCCAUCAUGGGGAGCGUUGGGGAUCUCGCGGACGGUGUCUCCAACUGGUGGCGCAAUUUGUAACCGGAAGCCGUAGACAUAACGUUUCGGCUAUGAAUAUGUUUUACGCAUGGACUUAUUAAUUACCUUGUAAUGUAGCACGCGUAUACUUAUGAUUAAGUAGGAUGAGUACCCAGUGUCCGGACGCAGGCUUCGUCCCUUCACACAGUAUAUGUUUCUCAUUGUUAUUGUAUAUUUGUCUAAUUACGGUAGAUUUUAGCAAUAUUUCUUCCAUCACUGCAAUACUCUGUUCGACGUACCGAUCGUUGUUGUAAUAUUGUAAUAUAAGUCAAAUAAAAUAUGGAUUAUUA